UGUCCCAUAGAUACCAAUAUGAUGGCUUCUUCAAAGUGGGAAAUGGGAAUUAUGUUAAUCAUUCAGAUGGGAGUGGGGUUCCUUGGGAACUCAUUCCUCCUUUGUCUGUAUAACUUCAUUUUGCUCAGUGGAUGCAAGGUGAGACCCACAGACUUGAUUCUCAAUCAACUCGUCUUAGCCAACUCCUUGGUGCUUUUCUCCAGAGGGAUCCCUCAUACAAUGGCAACUUUUGGAUCCAGGAAUUUCCUGAACGAGGCUGGAUGUAAAUUUCUCUUCUAUUUUCAAAGAGUGGCCAGAGGGAUUUGCCUUAGCACAACCUCCCUCCUCAGUGGCUUCCAAGCCAUUAGGCUUUGUCCCCAUUUCUCUAGGUGGCUGGAGCUCAGAAUGAGAUCACCAACGUGUAUCGCCUUCUGCUGCUUCCUUUGCUGGAUCCUGAAUCUUUUAAUAAAUAUCUCUAUUCCUUUCCAUGUGACUAGUCCAACUCACAUUGAAAACCUUAGUGUAAAGGUAAACUAUGGAUACUGUUUCACAUUGAAUCCAAACAGAAAUGUAAGGUUUGUAUAUCCGGCCAUAUUCUUCACAAUAGACUUUAUAUGUUUGAGUCUCAUAGUCUGGACUAGUGCCACAAUGGUUGUUUUCUUGCUCAGGCACAAGCAGCGAGUCCAACACAUUCACAACAAUAUCCAUUCUUCCAGAGCUUGUGCUGAGGUGAGAGCCACAUCUACCAUCUUGAUCCUUGCGAGCUCCUAUUGCUCAUUGUACUCACUGUCUGCUCUUUUGUCCAUUUGGAUGAGUCUAUUUGCUGUUCCAGGCCAGUGGCUGGUAGAUAUCUCUAUAUUUUUGUCUUUGUGUUUCCCAACAGUCAGCCCCUUUGUGCUUAUUUGCAGUGAUACUCGUGUGAGGGAGUUGGAGGAGGACCACGGGCCGCCCACCCCGUCCACGGCUGGCCUCCCUCAGAAGGCCCCGGGCCCAGGCGCAGGCUGGUCUAGGGCCCUCCCAGCGCUCUACGCCGGGGGGCUGAAUUCCGACUUCCGAGAGCAGCUGCCAGGGGGCGCCCGCGGAGCCCCGCUAGCUGCCUUGCAGGCGUUCCGAGUGGGAGAGAGCAGAGCUGCUGGGACGCCCCGAGGGCCUCCAGACACCGCAGAGGCUCCUCGGUUCUUCACGCUCUUCCUGGGAAGAGGCCAAGCCCAGACCCCGGCCGCCGGCGACCAGUCCACGCGGCUCUCCGAGGACCGAGUCCACCCCCGGCCCCCGAAGCCCCUGGCAGUCUCAACUUUUCGCCUAUGA